AUGGGUAUCAAAAUUCGACCGACCUUUCUAGUGACCCUCGCCGCCAUCCUGGCAUGCUUCACCACCACCUCUUUGGCCUACAACAAACCUACCGGCCCCUUUGCCACCCACUACGAAGAUUGCUGCCGCCCAGCCUUCAGCUACGACCAUCCCAAAGCUGGCUUCUACAACGCCGUCGACACGUGUGAAAAAGAUGGCGUGACCCUCAUCCCGCCCUCUGCCCAGCUCUCGGGUCGCAACGGCUGUGAUGGUGGCAACCAAUUCGUAUGCUCCUGCAUCCAGUCUUGGGUCGACACUGUCGACCCCACGCUCGCCUACGGCUAUGGCGCGUACAACAUCCACGAUCCAGACGGUACGAUCGAAAACACCUGCUGGCUGGUCGAGUUCCUCCCGCAAGACCCGAACGGCAAAACGAUGCAGGUGCGCAAGAUGAUUCUGCAGAACAUCAACACAAGCCAGGGCAUCCCGAAGGGGAGCUGGGACAUGGCACUGGCCGGUGGCGGCGUAGGAGACUUCAACAAGGGGUGCGUCAACCAGUGGGGCACCGAUUGGGGCAAGCGCUACGGCGGCGUUGCGAACGAGAAGGACUGCUGCGCUAUGCCGGAGGGCCUGCGCAGCUCGUGUCUGUUCCGGUUCCGAUUCUUGGGCGAAAACCCGGGUCUUGCUGGGACACCAAAGAGGGUGAGAUGCACCACAGGCCUGAUCGAUAGGAGCGGUGCGCAGAGGAAGGAUGAUGCGAGUGUUCAGCCGUAUGAGGGCAAGACGGACAAGACGGGGCAUCCGGCUCCCGACCGAUACCAGAGGAACAGGAGCGUUUGUCAGAAUGUGGAUCCGCUCGGCAUCGUCAGUGCCGUGUGCGGGGGCGGUAAGGAUGGCGGUGGUCGCCUGCCAAAAGGCUACGGGAUGACGAGGCAGGACUCGCAUGGUGGCUCCGUGCCUGAUGUGCCGGGCUCCUCGACCUCGAAUGGGGCUGGAGCUGGAGAUGAAGGAUAUGGUUCUGCUCCCGACGGCGGCAGUGGUGCUGAGCCUGAUGUUUCAGGCACCGCCACCAUGCCUGGAGAAGGUGCUGAGGGCUAUGGUGCGCCGCCCGACAGCGGCGCUGCGCCUGGCGAGCCAGGCUCUUCGACCAUGCCCGGCGCUGGCGCCGGUGCAGACGGAUCUGGAUCAGCUCCUGAUGUCGGCGGCGGGGCUGAGCCUUAUGUGCCUGAGCCUUAUGUUCCAGGGUCUUUCAAAACGCCGGGAAGAGGGGCUGAAGGGUACGGACCGGCACCUGACAUCAAGAGUGGGGCCAGUACUGGACCAUCCAGCGGACAACAGGACAGCAAUGCCGGAGCUGAACCUGGUCACAGCCUGCUGGGACUUCUCGGCCGUCAUCAUCAAGGCAGCAGCCGCGCUCACAAGAAUCUGCUUCAUAGUAAGCGAUAG